CUUUAAAUGUCAAAGACCAAAACAAAUCGUUGAGAAAUUGAAUUUUGUUUGUAACGACUUUCCAUUCCCGUUUCAAGGAAGAAUUAUCUUUAGCCAAGUUCUAUUUGCAAUGGAUAAUCCAUUGACGCCCAAAAAGAUACAGAGGCUCAUGUAUUUCGCCGCCGAAGAUAAAUCCUUCAACCAUGCGAAGUCUGGUCAUUUCGUAAAUGCAUCAGCUCAGCAAAGCUCUAUUGCAUCAGUUCCAGAGCCAGUGCACCCAUCUGAAUCAUCCUCUGGAAUACUAGAUCUAGAACAGUGUGAAGGUUUUGGAGACUCUGGGCUUGCCAACUUGUCAUUGAGCAAAUCUACAUCAUUUCAUCCGGCAGAGAUGACAGGAAGGUCCACUGGGGCUGCAGAACAAGUGGCUAAGAUGUUGACCACAUUCACUGAUUACGGCAGACAUUCUGUUAUGGAAUGCAAGAACAUAGAGAAGGUUAUGAAUCUGCAAACUAACGAUGUUGACGAGAUCAUGAGCCAGUCCAUUGUACCUGGAUACUCUUUUCAAUCCAAGUUGCAGUUAACAGCUGAUGAGGAAUCACUGCUGAACAGGGAACUACCUGUCCAUCCAAAACUUAUUAAUAUGGACCUUAAAGAAACAACCAUUAUGUCCCAACGUAAUGAAAUGUCAAUGGGAUCGUACUUCACGAAGCGUUGCGACAGAAUCGACGAGAUACUGAAGCAAACUGACAGUCCUAAGAGAGACAUUUCCAGUAUGUCCCUAGGGUUAGACAUCUCACACGACCCAGCAGUCCAAAUCCGGGAGCUACAAAAGCAGGAGCCGAGCAUCCACUACACUCUGGACACGUCACUCGAUUCGGUCCCGGUCCGUCAGCCCAAGACUACCCGUAGCACCAAGACAGAGGCCCCAAGAGACGCCCGUAGCGUUAAAACUGAGGCACCAAGAGACCCCGGUAUCGUGAAACCUGAGGCGCCAAGAGACCGCCGCAGUGUUAAACCCGAAGCGCCGAGAGACCGGCCGAAGAACAGUGUGGCUUGUAGUGUGUUGAUGGACCCGUCCAAGCAACAUCUGCUGCCCAUUGCCGGCCCGGGCAAGACUGAGGAGUCUACUGCCAUCAGUGAGGAAGAGUCCAUCAAUAUAUCCCAUAUUAGAGGGUUUCUUGAAAAGGAAUCCAGCAUAGACAUGGAAAUGUUGAUACGGUACAUGAGAAUGAACGACAAAGUUCUGAACCCCAUGGACGCCAACUCAGAGGCGUACCGGCGGCGCAGCAAUGUUCCAGAGUUGCCGGUCACUAGCUUGAAAGACACCAAGAAAACCGAAACAGCCAGCUCAGCUGGAACCAUCAACACCGUAAUAGAUACCGGGAAAAAGAAACAGAACCAAGAGAAUAUCGAGAAAAAAAUACCAGCUGUAAUUGUAACACGAAGCUCGCUUGCGAAAUCUGAAAAUGUUGAUAUUGAAAUAGACAAGCGAGAGAGUGUGAAGACUGAUAAUAGGUCCAAAUCUCCAUCGAGCAAAAGCAGGUCCACAUUGAGCACUGUCCAAGAGAAUUUGGCACUUAACAGCCCCAAACUAAGUGAUACAUAUUCACGUAACAGCAAAGGCGAGGGAAAAUCUUCACAUAUUCCUUCCCCAAACAUUCAGUAUAAAGAGUUAGAUAAGUCGGUAGAUUGGCAGGAGCUGUUGCAACCGAGGGGGCGGCUAAAGUCUGAGGGCAGUGCUAGUACUAGUGCUAAAGAUUGGGCGGACGUCCUGGCUUUACCUGUCGAUGGAUUUGUUGGUGUAAGUAUCCCAACCACACUGGAAGUGACAUCACUGUCAGACAGUUGGUUGACCGCCACUAUAACACCAAAUCCAUCUCAACAUUCCCGAGACAUCAACAUCGACUUACCACGCUUUCCCAUACUCCUGCCGCCGGGCAAGGAAGAAAAGCUGACGCUACACUUCACAUCCAACGUAGAAGUGACAACGGAACUGACCUUCACUCUGGUAUUGAAAGAUACAUCUCUAGACGAAGAACAACACAAGGUGUUCACAGUAGACGUGGCGACGCGUAUGCCGUCAAUACAAGCGGUAUCCGCCGACAGAAUGAACUCUGUAACAUUCCCACCGAUUCAAGAAGGAAAGAGUUGUGUAAGAUCGUUGGUUCUGAUAAGCGACUGCCCGUCAGAUUUGUUGCUGGAUCUGUCGGUGUCUGAAGGGAGUAAAGCGUUCACGAUAAGUUCGGUUCAGGAGAUUCAGAAGAGUGAUGUGUCGAAGCAGUUGGUGGAUAAUGGUCAAGAAGACCCGAGGAAGAGAAUGAAUAAGGGAUCUACGAAGCAGCUGUGUAAGCUGACUGAUGGGAAUGCCAUUAAAGUGACCUUGAAGUUUACGGCUCCGACGUUGACAGAAAUGAAUUCGGCCAACAAGCCAGCAUUACUCAAAGGCUCUCUAACAGUGAGUCUGAUCGGAGUGAAUGCGCUGUUGAAGCGGGUGGAGCUUUCGGGCGCGGUGGGACACGCCAGGCUGGCCCUGGACACCGCGAUGAAGAAGAUACAUAUUAAUGGGAAUGAAGUGGUAUCGCUGCCAGUCCGCAACGAGGGCUCAAUAACCGGCGCGUGGACCGUUCACGUGAAGGACGACAACCAACAGGACACCAACAUGUUCCGAGUGUCGUACAACAAGUUCGAGCUGGGCUCUGGGGCCACUUUACACUUUAAAGUCACCUACCACGGGCCGGAGGAUAAACUUUGCAAAGGGUUUUUGGUAUUCAAGCACGCCGACGGCUCGCGAACAAGCAUCGAACUAUCCGGCGGCAGCGACAAACCCAAGACGUUCCCGAUCAAAACUAACAAAGCUGAACUCUGCUUUAUCAGAAACGGAAGAAAAGAACUUAGCCUUAAAAACUUCACCGACCAAACUCAGAAGGUGGCGAUUAAAAUAGUCGGGGAGGGGUUUUAUUUGGAUAUUAUACGGGAUGCUCCGCAGAGUGUGACGUCGAUACUGACGUUUGGUCCGGGCGAGUGCAGAACCAUUCCGGUAGUGUUCCAGGCGAACCAUGGCCGCCCCUGCGCCGCCAAGAUGAUCAUGACUCUGGAGAAAGAAAAAAGUCUGGGAAAGAAGAUCCCUCUGUACGGCACGGCGGGGGGCGUAGCGCCACUGCGCUGGUCGGGCUCUCUCGUCACGUACGGAGACACGGCGCUGGUGCGAGCCCUGACUCGGCACCCGCUGGCGCUGGCGGUGGACAACAAGAGCAGCACGCCCGCCUUCCUAGCUGCUACCGUGCACUUUAACCUGCAAUACAGAUCGGUAGCACCAUUCUCCAAGCUCAUCAAGUCCCACCGAGUGAUCCCGGCCAAGACGUCAGCAACAUUAACCCUGGAGGUGGAAUGGGCGCGCGUGGAGAAGCUCGCGCGGGCCGCGGGGCGCGCCGCCGCCACGGCGCUCUGCUGCGUCACGCUGCUCACCGGCGCAGAGCUCACCAGGCGUAGGAUACUCAAAAUCCUGGGCGCAUCUGGUGAUUCGGCGCGGUCCCUGCCGGACCACCUGCAACAGCUGACGCAGCCGUUCGACGGAGAGCAGCCCGAGAUGGACCAGCUGCUCGAACACUUCCAUGAGACCAAGUUAUCGCUGGACGAGCUGGUAGGAGGUAUCCACGAGCUGACGGCCCAGAUCGACUUGCCGCAAGACUUCCCCGAGGAAAACACCAUAAUCAUAGUCGACGACACCGCCAAAGAUCAUCACACUCUGGCCGACAUCGCAUUAACACUCAUUUAAAGAAGACUGCUUUUGUACCAUGCACAAUAUGAAUUUUAUUGAGGUGUGUAUUUCUGUACUUGUAUUUAAAGGCCCCUACACACCAA